AUGUUACAUGAGGUUCUACGUCCAGAGUCAAGAGCGAUCAAAGACUAUGAAGUCUGUAAUGAAACUCUUGACUAUAAAAAGGGCUCUGCUUUCUCACGAAUUACAAUAGCUAUUCUAAAUUUUGUUGGUUUAAGCAAUAUCACCAACCCAUACGCCAAUCACUCGAAUCUCGUUGAAGUCAAGAUGCAGCACCAGAAAUUAUCAGCUAUUUUCGGCUUCAUUGCUGGUAUUGCACAGGCUGCACCAUCCCCAGCAGCCUCAGCUACAACUGGCUUCUCCUCCAAAUGUUCCAAUAUAACAUUCAAUACCAAUUGGCUGGUAGCAAACUGCCCUAACGACGCUGGCACUCUUGUCUCAAGUGGCGUGUACUUGCCGUCAUACGUUACCAACACGGAGGGUAAACUAGAGUGGAAAGCGGAUGGAGCCUAUGAACAGUCCUGCUCAGACUGUGUAUUAUUGGAUAGCGGUGCCACGCUACAAUGCUACUGCAGAGGGACGUUCACAAAAGAAAAUGGAAACUCUACAUUGAACCUAGAGGAGUACAUCGCCAACUACAAUGGUCACCUUCUCUCCAGCCUCGAGCGAACCCCAACGAUUCCAAGCGACUCCUCGCUUCCAGUUCCUUCUAACGUUGUCUUGUCUCUAAGGUCAUAUGCCAAUGGUGCUGCAUGCUCAAACUCCUCUGGUGGAAUUUUGAAUUUUGCGGGACCUGAAACCUGUUGGGACCUAACUGUUGCUGUUGACCCUAUAGUUUGGACCGGAUUUCAGCCUACCUCAAACGAGGGAUGGUCCAUCUCUGUUUAUAAUAUCUCGACUUGUACAGGAACUCCUCUAGUUACUUUUGAUCAGAACAGCGUCAACGAGUGCAUCACAGUCGGGAAGAAUGGAGGCGCCUAUCUCUCCCUCACACCGCUGUGGAACUAUGACUAG